UGAGUCAGGGGUAUGUGAGUUAUGUUUGUGAGGAUAGAUGGAAUAUCUGGGGGCGACUUUUACAAGGCCUUGGGGAGAAGGCUGUAUUAGCCAUCUGUCGUAUGACGGAUAGAUAAAAACAGAUGCUUAAAAGAGGCGAAUAAGAAAGUAAAAUAGUGAAAAGGCUGUCAUUUUUAUUAAUGUUUUGAAAUUAUUUUGAGCACUUGGCAACUAGGAGCUCAGUUGGCCACUCAGGUCGUCUGACACACAUAUUCCUGGUUGGCCAGGAGCCAGUGGGAUUAGGUUCCAUCAAGAGAGCGUGGGUGCAUGUGUGGGCUUCUUGCUUGUACCGGCUAAAGCGCAAUCAGAUGCACUGUUAAGAGCUGGAGUGAAUGAACCACGAGAAGAGCAGAGGUUCUGUUUUGUCUUCCAAGUUUGCGUAAGCUGAGAAGAACCACCAUCUUAACAGUUGACGUUGCGAGGCUGGACUGAACUUAUUGGCUGUUUUCCUCUGGUUUGUCCGUAGUAUAUGUAACCAACUUUUAUAACCAUAAUUUUGUCUGCAGUUUUUAUGGGUGGGUUAUGUCUGCUUAUGUUGUGUGUUUUUAUGUGUUUCAGGUGAGAGAGGUCAGAAUAUGUGUGAGACUAAAUAGUGUAGAGCAUGAGGAAUAGUGCUAUGCUAUCUGUAGAACAAAAUGUCCACUCUAAUAUGCCUUGUCUGGUCUAACUGCAUGUAACCAUCAUUUGACAAAAGAGUGGACAGUGAGUGGAUACAGUGAGUGUUUGAAAACUCCAGCAGCACUGCUGUGUCUGAUCUACUCAUACCAGCACAACACACACUAAAACCACCACGUCAGUAUCACCGCAGUGCUAAUGAUGAUACACCACCUGCUCUGUGGGGGUCCUGACCAUUGAAGAACAGGGUAAAAACAAAGUAUGCAGAGAAACAGAUGGACUAUAGCCCGUAACUGUAGGAGUACAAACUGCACCUAUAUGUUAGAGCAGAGGAAUGGCCAUACCCACCAUGUUCCACUCGAGCAGCAGUAUUGAGGCCUCAGCCAUGGCCUACCUUGCUGAGGACACGUCCAACUCAGUCACAGAUAUGGGUCAUGACCCCAUGAUCCAGACAGAAACCGCGACUCUAAUGCAGGAGACCGGCACAGAGGAGACUGGCAUAACAGCUGUUGCUGCCCAGACAGAGGGUGGGCGGUGGCAAGAAUUUAGCCCAUCCCUUGUGGAACACAACUUGUUUCAAUCUCAAUUCAGAAGCAGAAUACACAACAAAGAGCACAGAGAGGGAACUGGCGAUGGAAGGGAGAGACAUAAAGAGGCUGAUGGACAAGGACAACAACGCUGGAGGGACAGAAUAGUGAAGAAAUCACUAAAUGGGGAAGAGGAGAAGAGAGCACCUCCUCUGAUAUUCCCUGAGCAGGAGGACAAUCACUCCAGCCCCCACAGUACUGUCAAAGUUUGCUCUAGGCCAGAGUAUGAAUCUCGGGAACAUUGUGCCACUUUAGCCUCAGCUUUUCCUCACCACAGGAGCCAAUAUUUGGAGUGUCCUUUGUCCAGUGCAGUAGGGCUUUGCCUCCACAGACUUAAAGUGGGCUGCUGUUCAGACAUUUACUCUAGUAAUGGAGGAGGGUCAGGCUGUGCUGAACUAAAUUCUGACCCUGAAUCUGUGUACAUUUACGCUGAGAGCAUCAAGGGCUGUGACUCCAUCUGUUGCAGUUUGCUGCGAGAAUGUGACUCCGAUUGUCUCUAUACAGAGGUUCCACAAAGAGAAGAUGGCUCUUACAACACAAUGGAAAGAAAGAAAGGUGGGGCUUGUAAAAUAAAGAAAAGACUGAACUCUUUUAACAGUGACACUGAAGCAUUGUGUAUGUAUACCGAGGACAGCUCAUGUUUUGACAUGCCAGACUACAGCAUAGAAGCCGUUGUAGGAUCGGAUAAUUCCUGUGAAUCCUUCAGAUGCGACUGUGACUCGGAUUCUCCCUCUGCCUAUGCAGACUGGGAGAGCAGCUUUGACUCAAACGGAGCUGAGGCUAGCGUGGACUCUCUAGACAGCCUGGCCGAGGCCCAGUGGGGUUCUGUCUCGUCCAGGUUAAGUUCCGGCUCAGAUGCUUCUUGCUACACUGCGGAUUGUGGCUCGGAAUCCUCCUAUGGCACUGUGGAACGAAGCAGCAGCUUGGACUCUGAAGGUCCUUUUGCCGCAGGCCAAUACGACUCACCUAUCAGUUAUAUUCAAGAAGACUCCUACGAUUUGUACAAUGCUUGGACUGAGAGCAGUGACGUGGAUAAAAACCUUUACCGAAGUCAAACAAUGGAUGGUGGAACAGGCUUUCCUUGCCUUAAGGAUGACUCUGAGUUAACCCUGAAUGAACUCCGGGGUGUUGUGACUCACACUGAUUGCUGCCGCUUCUCCCUGUUCUUCCGGGAGAUGGUGAAAGAGGCUGCACAGGACCGAGAUCAGGAAAAGCUAAAUGUCAGUGAAGGCUUUCUCUUCCAUCCACAAAAGUUUUUACAGGCAAAGAACUCGGAAUAUCGGGAAGGACGGGAAUAUUCCUUGCUUCGAAACAUACAGAAUGGCUCAUAUGGUGAUGUGUUCAGCAUCCGAGACAAACAAACAGGAUUUACGUGUGCUGCGAAAAGGAUUCCCCUGUGCAGUUUUAGCUGGGAGGAGGUGGGGACAUGGAGCAGACUGGACUCCCCACAUGUGCUCCAGCUAUACGGGGCAGUGAGAGAGGGGCUCAAUGUCGUCCUCUUCAUGGACCUUAAAACAGGUUCACUAGCCCAGUUACUAAAAGCAAGAGGUAGCCUUCCUGAAGACAUGGCUCUUUAUUACCACAGUCAGGUGCUACAGGCUCUCGAACACCUACACAGCAGACAAGUCAUACACCUGGAUAUUAAAGUGGAUAAUGUUUUGCUUUCAAAGGACCGGAGGGAGUGUUUCCUGUGUGAUUUUGGGUUGUCUGAGAUGUUGGACAAAACUGGAUGCAGCACCAAGACAUUCAGAGGCAAUGGUUUGCGUGGAACUGAGAGCCACAUGGCUCCUGAGGUGGCGCGGGGAGAUCCUCGCUCUGAUAAAGCAGACGUGUGGAGCAGCUGUUGCAUGCUCCUUCACAUGCUCACUGGACAUCAGCCCUGGACACGAUACUACACUCACCCACUCUGCCUGAAAAUUGUGAGCGAGCCUGCACCUCUGUGGGAGAUUCCUCCUGGCUGUGACCCCCUGACCUGUGAGGUCAUCAGAGGGGGACUGGUAAAGGAGCCAAAGGAGAGAGACUCUGCAAGAAAACUGCUGGAGAAAGCCACCAAAGCUCUACGAGCAGUGGGUGGGUUCUCUGAUCCGGUGUUAUCUCACCGCUCUCACACACUUGAGCUUCAGAACUGCCCACCAGUGAGCUUGCAGGAGAUCCCUCCUCUCAUCGCCCAAGCAACCCAGGAGACUCUGCCCCCUGUUUCUGCAAUAGCAGCCCCAACGUCCACCAGUCAGCAGGACUUCUCUGCUCCUAGAAUCCAGUGGGUUAGCACAUGGAGAGAGAGAGCAGAAGAGGAGGACAAGACGGACUCAGAAGAAAGGGAAUCUGAUGAGGAGAGUGAGUGGGACCAUGGGGGAUGGAUGGAGGAGCUGAAAAGAGAUAAGAUGAGAGUGUGGAUGGAGAGGUACUGGGGAACAGAGCAAUAUUCAUCCAUAAGAAGAAACAAAAAACAAACACUUUUAGAAGAUGAGAGAGAACCCCGACAAGAAAGAGGAGAUGAGGACGACAUUUACACAGAGCUGGAAAAAGUGUCAGAUGAGCAGGAAGACCACGAAUCAGGUGGAGGCCCAGGUGAGGCUGAUUCAGAAGAGAUGGAUGAUACUGAUGCAGCGGCAGACUGUGUCCUGGAUGAAGAGAGUCCCUAUGAGGGAGAGACAAGAAGCCCAGUGGAUGAAGCUGAAGGAGAGAGUGAAGUAGAUGAUGCUGAAGAGGAGGUAGAGAGUGAUUUGGACAGUUUGAGAGAGCUGGGCAGCGAUUGGGCAGAGGAAGAGUGGGAGCCGUUCCACCGCCUGCAGAUCCUCUAUGGGACGAAAGCACAAAAUAAACCGUACCUGAAGAGCGAGGAUGACCACUCUGACACAGAGGAAGAAUCUGAAGCAUCGACAACUGCAAGUGGAAAGAUGACCUUACAUGAACAAAACUCAAAAUUAACUCUCACCUGUCACCGCAGCACCUGUGCUUCUGAACCAGAUCUAACUGACAAGAAUUCAGAUUGGUCAGAUGAUCUGAGCUCUGGGGUGUUCUCUUCUUAUAGUAGCCUUACAGAUGGACAGAGCUUCAACGUAGACUGGUCAGUGUCCACACAUCAGCCGCCUUCUUGCUGCUUUGAAGGUCUUGGUGUGGAUAUCUGGGUGGAGGAUGUGAGUGGGGAGACUCUUAGGAUCAGAGAGAGGCUGAAGGUGAAGCUGGGACAUGUUGCUGUAGGAAUAAGUGCACAGAUCUCCAUGAGGACCUUCAGCCUGGCCACCCUGGAUGGGAAGCUGGUUUCCCCAGACACAGAGCUUUUGGAGUCGGGCAUGUGGCUGCAGUGCGUCCCUGCUCCAGAUGGCAGCACCAACUGGGAUUGGAGAGUCAGAGACGGAAAACUGGAGAAGCAAGAACACGAUGAAGGCGCAUCAGACACCUGCUCCACGCUAGCAGCAUAAACCUACACACGGACACAUCUUCACUGACACAACAUUCCCUUCUUUCUUUAACUUCCAUCCACUUAUACUUGUUUACUGAAUUGUGAAACAAUGUGAUGUCUCUUCAUUAAAAUGAUUUCUGCUUAACCUUUAACUUAGGUACAUUUCUCACUUACAAAAUCACAGCCACCAACUAGUGAGGCAUCAGAGCAAAGAAGCUUCUUGGUAGGUUCUCCCAGUUUAAAUGAGAUGGUGGCUUUGUUUAUAUAGCUGUUGCCAUAAAAAUAGUCCUGUGCAGAUUUUGGUAGAGGAAAGGUGCUGUGAAAAGAAGCUGUCCUUCCACAUCAUGAG